AGUUUCAACGGGGUAAAUAUUUUGCAAAACAUCCUGAGAAUCCAGGAAAAAUGCCUGAAUCCUCCCCAAAUACCGUGUUUGAUGGGAAGACAUUCCGAGCAGAUGAUCACGUCAGAGAUCUUGUUCAGGAAUGUGUUGGAGGUCCAGAAUUGCUUCAGAGGAAAGCAAAGAUUCAGACGUACAGUGAUCAAACGUCCACAGCCCUCAAGAAGCAUGUCUAUGAGAAUUAUAUGAAGUUUAUAGACACAGCAAAGGAGAUCUCUCAUUUGGAAUCGGAAAUGUAUCAACUGUCGCACAUUCUGAUUGAGCAGCGUAAUCUCCUGAACACCCUGCGGGAUAGCAAUAUUGUGGAUGACCCGAGGAAUGUUCCCCUGGAUGCUGACUCAGCCCCUGAGGAGCCACAGACGAAAUCAUUGGACUCCCGUGUGAACGAAGAGACGCAGAAUCGCAACACAAUUGCCCUCAUCCGGGAAAGCCUGACAGGGUACAGUGGGGUUCUGGACAAUAAAACCUUCAUCCACGAGGGGGGACUCAUUGGAUUGGAUGCCAACGAUUAUCGCCCCAUCUGUCGAACCUACCUUUUCCUCUUCAACGACACGCUGAUUGUGGCAAAAGUCAAGCAUGACAAGAAGUUGGAAUUCCUGGCAGAGUAUGAGGCAAAGAAGUUGGCCGUGAUCAACAUCCGGGACCUCGAUGGAGUGCGAAAUGCAAUAAAUAUCAUCACCCCCGAUGGGAGUCGUAUUUUCCAGUGCAUCAGCCCAUCGGCUAAGGCGGAAUGGAUUGAAAAGUUCGAGGUCAGCAUGAAGGGUCAUCAGCGGCACAGGAAGGGCCCUGCUCCCCUGCCUCCCAUGGCAACACGACAGAAAUCCGUCGUGGACACAAUGAGCCUCUGCAGUGAUGCCACUCUCAGUCCCACAGCAGAACAUGCCACGACUCCAUUGAUUUUCGCCCCAGAUUGGCUCUCUUCUGCCCCGGAGGAGAUUCAAGCUUUGAUUGCUCAGCGUCACUUUGAGGACACCCUCAGUCUGUUGCAGAAAUGUGAGGAAUAUUUGGCGAGGGAUAGUGCCUUCCACGGAGCCAAUGAGAUGCGUGAGAAGAUGAAGAAUCUCAAAGCAUCCCUGGUGAGUGUGCUGCUGCUGGAGUUGUCUGCAAGUCAAAGUAGGAGCCUCCAUGCCGCCCUGAGAUCCGCCAGACGUCCUCUGAAGCUCCUGGCAGAGAUGAAGAAGUCCCGAGAGGCUUGUGGGGCACUCCUGGGGGUUUGUACAACAGCCAUCCGGACAGCUCAGCGACAGGCGCGAAGGAACAAUUUGGGCGUCGCUGAGAUCUUCUUCUGUGACUUGGCGCAAGUUGUGGCGGAAUUUGUGGGCGCUUUUGGUCCCCAGGCAGCUUGUACGGCUAGCUUAGUGGUGUGGUGCCACCAGGAACUUCAGUAUUUUGCAUCGCAGCUCAUCAAGCACUACCUGGGCAAGGGAACAGACCUCGAAGCGGUUGCAAAUUGCGUUGAACUCGUUCGGGUGCCGUGUGGGCGUCUCACAGAGGUUGGUCUGGAUGUUGGCUACCACAUGGAGGGCUUACUGCGUCCCACACUCGAGGGUCUCCUGGCUGAGGCUAAAGAGCGCCUCAUUGGGGCAACACAGCGCCUCGAGGACAACUGGCAGCCGUACAAUUUGCGCUCUAAACAAGCUCUGAGGAGCACAAUGAAGGAAUUCGAGGUUUUCGGGAUAAAUCUUAAGCCUCUCAUCACGGGGGAUACCUUCAUCAAUCUCACCCAGUCCACGGUGAACUUCUGCCGGCAGUUCUUUGUCACCACACUCAGCUGUGCCACCCUGGCAAAGUACGAAACACUCAAAUACGACGCUGAAGUCCUCGUAAAGGAGCUCUUUGUGGCACAAUUCAACCUCAAAGCUGAUCCCUCAACUGCAAUUGAUCUUAAUUUUGUAAGUCGAAACAAGCUGUUCCUCGUGGAGAAAGUCCUUCCGGCUGCUAUAGCUCUCUUUGAGACAACCAGCGGGAGGACGUGUGAGCUUCUGCCUGAACUGAAGGGUCUGGCGGGUAAAACGGGACAACCCCCAAAGCCAAAGCCACGCAGUAUCUACCAAACUGAAGUCCUGUAGCCCCACAAAAAGUAUGUUUCACAGCAAACUUCAUUAUUUGCAUUCCCAUCAAUUGUUUGAUCCACACGCUUCAACAUUGCAAGUAUCUCUACAAGUCUUCAGAAGACUCUGCCGUUUAUUGUUUUUCAAUUAAUAUUUGCGAUCAAUAAAAUUCCCCAAAAAUGA